UCCAUUUUCAUCGUCAAUUCAAGAGAAGAAAAACAUUACCAUAAAUCGUGUGAAAAAUGAAAGUACUCGGUUACUUUAUAUUGUGUGUUUUAUUUGUUGGAAGGAGUGUUUCAUCGACAAGAGUCAGUGCAAAAAUGUGUAUGGACUAUGGUCGGUCGCCACAUUCUCGCCAAUGCCAUCAUAAAUAUUCACCAUUGUUGGGUUAUAUUCCAGCUGGCGAACGCGAAUUUCCCCAUACCGCACUGUUGGGUGUUGAGAAAAAUACCACUCAUCAUUGGCGCAUUGAAUGGUUUUGUACUGGUGUUUUGAUUUCACAUGAUUACGUACUUGGCCUUGCUGAAUGUGGUUUUUCCUUUCACGUACAUGAGUUGACGCAUGUUCGUUUGGGUGAUUUUAACUAUGGAUCGAAUAAAGAGGCGCACAAACCACUAAAUGUAAAAGUAUCCGAAGUGAUUGUGCAUCCAAAGUACAUGAAAAAAUCGUUGUAUAAUAAUUUGGCAUUGAUUCACUUGGAUCAGUCGUUGGAGUUUACAUUGAACAUUCGUCCAGCUUGUUUGCCCCAAAUGUUUGAUGUUGCUGGGGAAACUGUAUCGAUGACUGGUUGGCCGUUUAAACUGUACAGUGUACCAAAAUCGAUGCGAAACAAACAAGAUAUGACGCUGCGCAAAUACAAUAUGAAACCAAUUGAUUUUGAAGAAUGCCAGAAAUUAUUUGCGCCGCACGCCAUCAAGGGAAUGUCACAAAGUAUUUCCGAUACGCAAAUGUGUGCGUCAAUUAUUAUGGAAGACGAGCAAAAAUUCUUUAAAAUUCCGCGACCACUUGAGGUGCUGGAUGGUGCUCCAUUGCAGGAAAUUCAGAAUAAUGAACAUUGCAUGUACACCGUACAUGGAUUGUCAACGUUUAAACCAACAUUUGGGUUAUUGAAAAUGCCAUUGGUAUUUAUUCGCAUUUAUCCUUAUUUAUCCUGGAUCGAGCAGACUGUUUGGCCUGAACAUUUAACAUUAUAAAUUUUAUUGUUGCAAUUAAUAUUUAAAACUUUU